AUGAGCGUUCACGAGCUGUCGAACGAUUUGAAUGGAAUGGUAAUUGAAAGAAAUCUGAGACAUCAAGAUAGUGAAUCCACCGAAGGAGGACAUCAUGAAAGAGGACAUCUAACCAGAAAAUCUUCGACUUCUUCCAAUUGUUCUUCGGGUUUCGAUAAACGGCGAAACUUAUACCGCAAAGAUUCAGAAGUAAAGAUUGAAGCGAUUUUCAAGGAACUCUUCUCUCCAGAUGCAAAGAUAGUUGACCAUUAUGAAGGGGAGAUGCUGACGAUUCCGGGAAUCGAGAUAAAUGACACUGAAGAUGUUGAACUCCUUGUCCCAAAUCACGAUAGAUUUAAACUUCGACGACAAACUUCUCUGGCUCCCAAGAAUAACGAAGCAAAAAAGAAUGCGUCUCCACAACCUCGAGUCCGUGUAAUUACUCGAAAAUCGCCAUCUCCGUUGCGUAAAUUGUCAACUCCAACUCAAAGAAAACGGUCUGCCUCCUCGAGAGCUCCACUUCCAAAGUUGAGUGCACCGCCCAGUUUGAAGCCAAACUUUGUGACUGUAGCUGAUGAAUCGUCGUCUGGUUCUUAUCUUCGGAAGAACCCUAGUCCUGUUGGACAUGAUGAAGAUGAAGAUAUGACGACGACGACUGCUUCUACAAAACGACCACGGAUUGAGGAUGACAUGGAAGACGUCAUGACGACGCAUCCAACGUUCACAGUUCAACGAUUGGAUGCUCCGAUUGAAAGGAUAGAAAUUCGACUGAUUGAUGACAACACAACACAUUCUGUCCCAGAGGUUACUGUGAGCACUCUACGAGAUGAUGAUAGAAACAGAGCAAGUGCUGGACGAGACCAAUUCGAUUAUGGUACUACAACUGAACAGCCAUCUCAACAUUUCCAUGAACCAGAUCAAGAUCCUUCUCCUGCUACGACAGAACCAAUUCCUUCUCAAGAGGAAAUGUACAAAAAAGUGGAAUAUGUAGUCCAGCCAACAUCAAUCGAUCCAACCCAUACAUAUUCUGAACCAACGAAGACUGAAUCACAUGAACACCCCACAGAGCCUAUUGUGAUUGGAGAAGAUCCUUACUAUUAUUCAACAAUGGCUUCGGAUAAACAAGCUAGUGCGGAGAUACAGGCCAAGGCGUGGAUAUCGGUUUCGACUUCUGUGCCGAAGUUCGAUGGGGAUAUCGAUGAGGAUGACCUCCCUCCACCACCAGCUUCAGAAGAUGCAGAGAAUGAGGAACCUGAAGAAGAAUGUUUGGCAAACAAGGAAAAAUUGACAGAGGAGGUGAUCGAGAGGCUUCGUUCUGAAACUACAAUGUACUACCGGCUGGUUCGACAGCGAAAUGAUCAACAGAAAGAGUUCUGCGGUAGUGGAGAAGCGAGAGAUAUAACAUCUGAUAUGUACAGAAGAUGCAGUAACUGGAGAGCCGAGAAACUUGUCUACUAUUACAAAUUGAUGCGAAAGACGUAUUGUCAAGUAGACAACUGGCCCAACUCACCGAAAAUCAAGAAAACCUAUGGAGAAUAUCUAAAUUUGUUUGGGACUUUUUAUGCUUUUCAGAAAUAA